AGAAGAAGAGACGUAUGUGACUGAUAUGAAGGCAGAAGAUACAGAGGGAGAAGAAGAGACGUAUGUGACUGAUAUGAAGGCAGAAGAUAUAGAGGGAGAAGAAGAGAUGUAUGUGACUGAUAUGAAGGCAGAAGAUAUAGAGGGAGAAGAAGAGACGUAUGUGACUGAUAUGAAGGCAGAAGAUAUAGAGGGAGAAGAAGAGACGUAUGUGACUGAUAUGAAGGCAGAAGAUACAGAGGGAGAAGAAGAGACGUAUGUGACUGAUAUGAAGGCAGAAGAUAUAGAGGGAGAAGAAGAGACGUAUGUGACUGAUAUGAAGGCAGAAGAUAUCGAGGGAGAAGAAGAGACGUAUGUGACUGAUAUGAAGGCAGAAGAUACAGAGGGAGAAGAAGAGACGUAUGUGACUGAUAUGAAGGCAGAAGAUAUAGAGGGAGAAAAAGAGAUGUAUAUGACUGAUAUGAAGACAGAAGAUAUAGAGGGAGCAGAAGAGACGUAUGUGACUGAUAUGAAGGCAGAAGAUAUAGAGGGAGAAGAAGAGACGUAUGUGACUGAUAUGAAGACAGAAGAUAUAGAGGGAGCAGAAGAGAUGUAUAUGACUGAUAUGAAGACAGAAGAUAUAGAGGGAGCAGAAGAGACGUAUGUGACUGAUAUGAAGGCAGAAGAUAUCGAGGGAGAAGAAGAGACGUAUGUGACUGAUAUGAAGGCAGAAGAUACAGAGGGAGAAGAAGAGACGUAUGUGACUGAUAUGAAGGCAGAAGAUACAGAGGGAGAAGAAGAGACGUAUGUGGCAGAUAUGAAGGCAGAAGAUAUAGAGGGAGAAGAAGAGACAUAUAUGACUGAUAUGAAGGCAGAAGAUACAGAGGGAGAAGAAGAGACGUAUGUGACUGAUAUGAAGGCAGAAGAUACAGAGGGAGAAGAAGAGACGUAUAUGACUGAUAUGAAGACAGAAGAUACAGAGAGAGAAGAAGAGACGUAUGUGACUGAUAUGAAGACAGAAGAUACAGAGGGAGAAGAAGAGACGUAUGUGACUGAUAUGAAGGCAGAAGAUACAGAGGAAGAAGAAGAGACAUUUGUGACUGAUAUGAAGACAGAAGAUACAGAGGGAGAAGAAGAGACGUAUGUGACUGAUAUGAAGGCAGAAGAUAUAGAGGGAGAAGAAGAGAUGUAUGUGAGGGGUGAUCAGCAGUGUAAGGAGGAGGAAAUCCCUACAGAUAUCAGCACAGAUGGACACACAAGCAGGAAUAGCUCAGAAGGACAUCUAAUGUUCUCCCCGGAUUGUGAAAUAAAAGAUAAUGUCGGUAGACAGGAUUCUCCAGGAGAUAACCCCAUUACCCCAAUUAUACAUCCAGCUCUAUCAGCUGAUCCCUCUGAUCCUGGGAAAUGUUCUCCCGAUCGCUCUGAUAUUGGAGCAUCUGUUACAGCUCUGACAGUAGAUACAGUGUUUCCCUGUUCUAUAGAUGCCAAAUGUUUUACACAGAACACAAACCUUAUUACCCAUCAACCAGCUAAGGCAGAUGAGAGGCCAUUUCCAUGUUCUGAGUGUGGGAAAUGUUUUGCAUACAAAUCACAACUUGUUAUACAUCAGACAAGUCACACAGGUGAGAAGCCUUUUUCUUGCUCUGAGUGCGGGAAAUGUUUUACCUGGAAAUCAAAUCUUGUUACACAUCAGAGAAGUCACACAGGUGAGAAACCAUUUCCAUGUUCUGAGUGUGGGAAAUGUUUUGCAUACAAAUCACAACUUGUUAUACAUCAGACAAGUCACACAGGUGAGAAGCCUUUUUCUUGCUCUGAGUGCGGGAAAUGUUUUACCUGGAAAUCAAAUCUUAUUAAACAUCAGAGAAGUCACACAGGUGAGAAACCAUUUCCAUGUUCUGAUUGUGGGAAAUGUUUUGCAUACAAAUCAGAUCUUGUUAAACAUCAGAGAAGUCACACAGGUGAGAAGCCAUUUUCUUGCUCUGAGUGCGGGAAAUGUUUUACACUGAAAUCAAAUCUUGUUACACAUCAGAGAAGUCACACAGGUGAGAAACCAUUUCCAUGUUCUGAGUGUGGGAAAUGUUUUGCAUACAAAUCAGAUCUUGUUAAACAUCAGAGAAGUCACACAGGUGAGAAGCCAUUUUCUUGCUCUGAGUGCGGGAAAUGUUUUACACUGAAAUCAAAUCUUGUUACACAUCAGAGAAGUCACACAGGUGAGAAUCCAUUUCCAUGUUCUGAGUGUGAGAAAUGUUUUGCAUGCAAAUCAAAUCUUGUUACACAUCAGAGAAGUCACACAAGUGAGAACCCAUUUCCAUGUUCUGAGUGUGGGAAAUGUUUUUCCAAGAAAUCACAACUUGCUACACAUCAGGGGAGUCACACAGGUGAGAAUCCAUUUCCAUGUUCUGAGUGUGAGAAAUGUUUUGCACGCAAAUCAAAUCUUGUUGCACAUCAGAGAAGUCAUACAGGUGAGAAGCCAUUUCCAUGUUCUGAGUGUGAGAAAUGUUUUGCACACAAAUCAAAUCUUGUUAAACAUCAGAGAAUUCACACUGGUGAGAAGCCAUUUUCUUGCUCUGAGUGUUGGAAAUGUUUUUCACAGAAAUCACAACUUGUUACACAUCAGCAAAGUCACACAAGGAAGAGGCAAUUUCCAUGUUCUGAGAAAUAAGCUCUUGUUGCACACAAUAGAUGUCACUCAGGUGAGGAACCAUUUUAUUCUUCUAGAGUAUACUUAUCAUUGCCAUGUAACGUUCUUCAAGGUUCUUAUCCUAUCUCCCAUGCUCUUUGCAAUAUACAUGCUACCGCAGGGUGAAACAAUUAGACGUCAUGUCCUCGUUUACCACUGCUAUGCCGAUGACCUGUCUUUUGCUCUGGGUACUGAGAACCCAAUACUAAUCCUAAAUGUCUAGCUGAGCUCCAGGUGUGGGUGAUGCCAGUUGGCUGUGACUCAGUCCUGGUGAAACAGGUCCUUAUGAUAGAAGCUCACCAACAAAGGGCAGGGCUACAGCUCAGCUUUGCCUACCAACCAGACUUACACUUGGGGGUUCAGAGUUACAACAUGCUGGGUGGUUCAGAGUUACAACAUGCUGAUCCUGUGCGGAAUCUUGGUGUCCUGGAUGGUGGAGUGACACUUAGACAUCAGGUAUCAGCCACAGUCAGAUCCUCAUCUGAGGAACAUAGCCAUACUCCUGCACUUAAUUCCCUCAGGAGAUCUACCUAGAGUCAUACAUGUACUUGUAUCAUCACACAUAGACCACUAAUAUCCUCUACCUGGGUCUCCCAGCAAAAGAAUUGCACCACUUGUAGCUUGUACAGAAUGCAGCAGCCAGGAUGUUACCUAAUCAGCCCGUUCCUGCCACAUAACACCCAUCCUCUGCUCCCUCCACCGGCUGCCUGUAAGAUGGUGACUCUACUACAUAAUCUGCUUACUGACUCUCCCAGCCCUACAUGACCAGGGUCUAUGGUACCAGGAGCAACUUCUGCCUCCUUACUGCCCUGCUUGCUUUCUUCCAUCUGCAGGUGAAGGACUGUUGCCAGCAGUACCAAAAAAACCCAAGCAUUGCUGAGAUGUCAGGGGGAGACAGGAUGAUUGGCGGGGGCUGCCGGAGGCACUGUCUGUGGGUACUAUUGUCCCCAAUCAGCACUGAGGUGGCAGAGGGAGAACAUGGCGGUGGCAGUAGUGGGGUCUCAGCAGGCAGUGUCUGUGUGGGCAAUCUUGUCCUCAAGCAGCACUAAUGUCAGAGGGGGAGACAGGAUGG